UACCAACUCUCUUGCGCCGCGCACUGCCGUGCGUUUAACCCAGGCGAGGAGGAGGAGGAGAAAAUUCCCCCAGAUCCGGGCAGUCUGUCCUUAGGAUGAAGCGUUCACUGAACUGAACGAAGAGGAAACAGCCCUGAAUCCCUGGAGGUCUGCCUGAAUUUGAGGCCCUGCACAAGUACAAGCUUGGUGGAAAAAAGUAAACUGCCCGUGUUCCCAGCAGGUCCUGCUCUGCUUGCAGCCUGUGGAAAACCUGUGAGCCUGAGCAGAAGUGCCUCGCCCAGACGUGCACACAUCCCAUUUAGGAAAGCCAGUUCCACACCCUGGAUCAGAGAAUUACUCCAGCUGCACCAUGAGCAGAGUUCGAGAUGCUGGCUGUGUCGCCGCCGGGAUAGUGAUUGGGGCUAGUGCCUGGUACUGUGUCUACAAAUAUGCCAGGGGAAGAAACCAGACAAAGAAGAGAAUGGCCAAGCCCAGGACAAGGGCUGUGGCUGGGAAUGGAGCCAGGGCUAGAGCCGGACCAAGGGCUGGAUUCACAAUUGACCUUGGGCCUGGAUUCGGUCCUCCAACCCCAGUCCGCACUCGGACAGAGGACAGGGCCCAGGAUGAAGCCUCUGCUCUGGAAGCAGCUGGAGAUGAGGCAGUGGCCCCAGCUGCAGCCAGCGCUGAGGCUCAGAGUGGGGCAGGAAAUCAGGUCCAGGAAGCAGAAGGGGCAGGGGUUGGAUCUAAGGCUGAACCAGUAGCAAGGGCCACAGCGCCUUCCUCAAUGGCACCACCCCCCGGGGAGGCAGAGGCUUCCAUGGCUGCAGAAGCCCCCACAGUGGCAAGGGCUCCCAAGUCGCCAGAAUCCCCUGGCACAGCAGAGGCUGCCGGGGUGCCCAUGGUACCUCCCAGGGCGCCAGCGCCUACCGAGGCGGCAGCAUCUACAGAGGCUGCGGAGGCUCCUGUACCCACAAUGCCUCCUGCCGCACCAGUGCCUUCUGGGGCAACAGUGCCUACUGGGGCUGCGGAGGCUCCUGGGACUUCAGGAUACCCCAGAACAGCAGCACCCUCCAAGAAAGCAACGCCUGGGGCUCAUACCGGCGCUAUACCGAAGGCUGGGUCAGUGGCUGGAGCUGUACCCAAAGGUGGAGCCAAGGCAACCAGGUCUCGGACUGGGGGCAAGGGCAAGGGCAAGAAAAACAAGGUGGAAGUAGAUGAACUGGGGCUGGGCUUCCGCCCUGGGGAUGGGGCUGCGGCAGCUGCUGCAGCCUCCGCUAACGGGGGACAGGCUUUCCUGGCAGAGGUCCCUGAUUCUGAGGAAGGGGAAUCCGGGUGGACUGACACAGAGUCCGAGUCAGACUCUGAGCCUGAAACCCAACAGAGAGGGAGAGGGGGGAGGAGACCUGUUCCCAUGCAGAAGCGCCCCUUUCCUUAUGAAAUAGAUGAGAUUCUCGGUGUCCGAGACCUCAGGAAAGUCCUUGCUUUGCUUCAGAAAUCUGAUGAUCCUUUCAUCCAACAGGUAGCUUUGCUUACUCUGAGCAACAAUGCCAAUUAUUCAUGCAACCAAGACACAAUUCGCAAAUUGGGAGGCCUCCCAAUUAUUGCAAACAUGAUCAACAAAACCGAUCCCCACAUUAAGGAAAAAGCCUUAAUGGCCAUGAAUAACCUGAGUGAGAACUAUGAAAAUCAGGGCCGACUUCAGGUAUACAUGAAUAAAGUAAUGGAUGAUAUCAUGGCCUCUAACUUGAACUCAGCAGUACAGGUAGUCGGACUAAAAUUUUUAACAAACAUGACAAUUACCAAUGACUACCAGCACCUGCUUGUCAACUCCAUUGCAAACUUUUUCCGUUUGUUAUCUCAGGGAGGUGGAAAAAUCAAGGUUGAGAUUUUGAAAAUACUUUCAAAUUUUGCUGAAAAUCCAGAUAUGUUAAAAAAACUGCUUAGCACCCAAGUGCCAUCAUCCUUUAGUUCCCUUUAUAAUUCUUAUGUGGAAUCAGAAAUUCUUAUUAAUGCCCUUACUCUGUUUGAGAUCAUCUAUGACAAUCUCAGAGCAGAAGUAUUCAACUACAGAGAAUUCAAUAAAGGUUCCCUUUUUUACUUAUGCACUACAUCUGGAGUGUGCGUUAAGAAAAUUCGAGCCUUAGCCGAUCACCAUGACCUCUUGGUGAAAGUGAAAGUUAUAAAACUAGUGGACAAAUUCUGAUUGGCUAUGUGCUCUCAAAAGACUUGAAGAAAUUUCUUGAUUUUCCAGUCUGGAAGCAAUGAAAAUUGAAAGUUAUUGCUUUUCCACUUGUCCAUGUACUAAAGGGAUCCUUUCAGCUGCCAGUUUUGAAUAAUGUAUCAUCCAGAAUGAUGUUAUCUGUGACAGUCUCCAGCUUGAAGCUGAACCAUUUUAUGAAUACCAAAUAAAUAGUCUUCUUGUACUGAAAACGCAUUUGUGACUUUAAUCGUGCUGCUUGAAUGGAAAUAUUUUUACUGGUUCCUCUAUGUGAAUUGACAGUGAACCUGUCCAUCAUAAAUAGCCUACACUUCUGUCAUUUGUUUUGACUUGAAUUUAUCCACCAAAGACUUCAUUUGUGUAUCAUCAAUAAAGUUGUAUGUUUUGACUGACCAAAAAAAA